AUGGCUGACCCACAGAACAGCCAGGACUUUGAGUCUGAGGACGCAGAGCCGGCUGUGAUCUCCCUCUCAGACGUUAUUUCACCAUCGCAUACUCAGGCUGUUUUCGGGGCUGACCAGGCUACACACAAGGGCGAUAGCAGCACUACGUUGAACCCUACAUUCGAACGUGUGCUCAGUGCCCGCAACGCACACGUUUGGGUCCCGAUUAUUGCGAGUACGCGGCGAGGGGGGAAGGCGUCCAGGGGAUGUCUGACGGAUCUAGAGCGGGACCAAGCACAGCUCAGUCUCGUGCGAUAG